UUCUCUGCUUUUCAAAUAUGCCAGUGAGAGCAUAUCGAUUCUAGUGUAAGAAAGUUAACCAACGACUUCACACGAACGGUUUGUGAGUUACGUUUUCUUCGUUUAAAAUAAUCUGUUACAAAUAAUAGAUAAUAUGGAAUCUGCUAUUGUUCAUCUUGAACAAAGCGUGCAAAAGGCUGAUGGAAAACUAGACAUGAUUGCAUGGCAAAUUGAUGCUUUUGAAAAAGAAUUUGAAGAUCCUGGUAGUGAGAUUUCUGUGCUUCGUCUAUUACGGUCUGUUCAUCAAGUCACAAAAGAUUAUCAGAACCUUCGGCAAGAAAUAUUGGAGGUUCAACAAUUGCAAAAGCAACUUUCAGAUUCCCUUAAAGCACAAUUAUCUCAAGUGCAUGGACAUUUUAACUUAUUACGCAAUAAAAUAGUAGGACAAAAUAAAAAUCUACAAUUAAAAUAAGAUUAAAAUUUUUUAUUUAUAUUUAAAGUAUAAUUUAAAUAUAUUUUUUAAAUUAUACUUAAUUUAUAAUUUUUUAUUAUAAAAUUAUUAUUAAUAUUUUAAAUCAAAAGUUAUUAAAAUAACAUCAAAAGAAUGUUAUG